CAAAUACACCCAGUGUUGACUUAACAGUUUUGCCCAAUGUCAUACAUCUUAAUCCGUUCAACACGACCAAUGCAAUAAAGUUAAGUGGUUGAAAGACAUUUGGAUUUGUAUUAGCGUUAUUUCAAUAUGGCAUUCAGUAGUACCAUGCGUCAAAGUAUGGAAAGCACAUACCGUCAAAAAUAUUUGGACAAUCUUGCUAGAGGUGUGGAGGGGAUGUGGUUAAAGCAGAGAUAUACCGAUGUGACGGUAAAAGCGGGAAGUAAAGCGUACGGAGCUCAUCGUGUGCUGUUGGGGUCCAUGUCGAACUACUUCAAGGAGCUAUUUAUGCACAAUCAUGAGGAUAACGUGGAAGUGUCGAGUGUUGAAAGUCAGACUUUUGAAAUCGUGUUACAAUAUAUCUACACAGGAAAAACGGACGCAGUGAAGGCUAACCUCGAAAGUGUGCUUUCAGCCGCAGUCAAGCUUCAAAUUCCAUGUUUACAAGAGAUCUGCGAGGAUUUCCUAGCUGUGAGGCUCACACCUGAGACUUGUGUGGGCAUAUUCAAACUGGCAUCUGGUCUUGGGUGUGCAUCUCUCACAAAACAAAGUCGGGCAUAUAUGUUAGAAUACUUCGAAAGUGUAGUGAAAUGUAAGGAGUUUAUGAAUCUAAGCGCUGAAGAACUAACUGCAGUCAUCAAUGAUGAUGACCUUAACACGCCGUCUGAAGAGAUCGUGUGCGAAGCUGUUUUGGGCUGGAUAGCUGCAGAUCCUGUUCAGCGAUGUCAGUUUUUAGACAAACUGUUCAAUGUUGUGAGGUUUCCUCUUUUUAGUGAGAAGUACUUACAAAAUCUGAAGGGGAAUGACAUAAUAGCUAAGUCUGAAUCAGGUCAAAGAAUAUUAAAAGAAAUCACUAGCUAUAUGAACACAGGACUUCCCGCGACAACUGUGAACCCACGACAAUUUCACCAUCGUACUGAAGAAUUGAUCUGCGUCGUCGGGACCAGGAGUAGACAGCCUAAUCCAGAAACCACAGAGGUCAAAUGCUUUAGUUUCAAUAAAGAAAUGGAGUAUAAUCUCGCUUCCAUACCGGAAGAGCCCGGCGCGUGCUAUGCCGUCUGCACAAACACUAACGACCUUUACCUCUCUGGGGGAUAUCUGGGUCAAAAACGUAUGCUUCGUUUCCUGGCGACAGAGAAUAAAUGGAACCUAUGUGCCGAUAUGAAAGAAGGGCGUUGGGGGCAUUCCAUGACUGCUGUUGACGGUUUGAUUUACAUUAUUGGUGGUAGUAAGAAAAUCCCCGAACCGAUUGCUGCAAUCGAAAUGUACAACGCUGGUUCCGACACUACUUUAAUAGUUGGUACAUUAGAAAUCCCAGUGUCUUUUGCAGCGGUAGCCUCAUUGGGUGAUAAAGUGUACAUAUUUGGAGGAAAACUAGAAAACAGGAACAUUUGUGGGAAAGUACAAUGUUUCGACACAGUAACAAGAUCUUGUAAAGUCGUCUGCGAUAUGCCCCGGGUUGACUCAACAGUUGGUAGAACUGCUGUGAUCGACAAUAUUAUUUACAUUUUCUACAAUCAAGGGGAGGUGGUUAUGUUCAAAGAAGAUCACGCGCCAGAAAUAGUAGCUUCCGGCGUUGCAUUUGACCAUUUUGGCGUGGUCGUCCACGGCGGGCGUGUCUUAAUUGAUGGUAGCUAUGGUAACCAGUAUUCAACGGUGGUAUUCGAUCCAGUUACAAGAGUGAUAGAGCCUUACUCCCGCACAGUGAAAGCUGCCUUGUGUAAUUUCUACUGCAUGCCUAUUGUGAUAAGCAAGAACAUACUGCAGUCUUCCAUGAAAUAAACGCAUCUUUGAAGCUCAAAACUAAAGAGCAUCUGUUAAUGGUCAUUUUUACUAUUCUAUCAAAUUAGGUAUUUCUAAAUGAUGAACGACCUUUGAAAAUCCCCGUUAUUUUUGAAACCAAUUUAACUAGAACAGCUACAUAUCGUCAUUUUGUUUCUCAUCAGUUGUCAAACUAACAUUAACAACUCGAGGCAUGUUUUAAAAUGAACUCAAAUUUUCAUUUUUUUAAAACAAAAAACGUAAAACAGUUGAAACUAUGUGAUCACCUGCGGCGUCGUCGUCUAAAUUUGUACGCUCUCUUUCUAAAGCAGUUCUUAUCAAAUUUUCACCAAACUCGGGUCCUCAAUAUCUAAGGGUUUAAUAUCUCAGCCAAGUUUGAUAACCAUCCGGGGCCUGUCUCUCUGGAGUUAUGGUCCUUGAAUUACUAAAAUUGGCGACCGCUCUCUCUUGCUUUAUCAAAUGUUCACCAAACUUGUUCAAAAUGUUUAAGGGGAUGACACCUCGGAAAAUGUCAAAUGCCAGCUUGAUACUCUGUCACUCUUAGUUUUGCCACCGAAUUACUUAAAAUUGCAAAAAAUGUGUCAUCUUAAUGACUUAAGCAGUCAUCAUCAAAUGUUAAGCAGUCAAUCUUUAUGGACAUAGUAUCUGACCAAAUUCGAUAACCAGCCUAACAGCCCUUGAGUUAGUCGAAAUUGAGAAGACUGACGAGUGUGCUUAAUUAGUAAACUAAUUUAAUAGUUAAAAGUAAUAUGCUGUGAUAUAUUACGACAGUUUGUCGGCAGUUUAUAAAUGCAAACUGUCGAAAGUGCACUGAAUUACCAGUUUCUACUUUCUAUUGCAAUUACAUGUACCAACCAAUGAAACGAUUCCUACAUUUCGUUAACUUUGACAUUAAUCUGGCAGCAUGCAGCUUUAAGUGGUUUUAUAUAUGUACUGUUUCCACAGCAUUAAAAUAUAUACAAUGGGUUUGUUUGUAAACUUAUUUAUAGUCGCCAUCAGAAACACAUAUGUGCGACUCCUCCAGAAGACUGUUAGUGGGAGGCUGGUAUAAGAAACAGACAAGGCUCGAAUUCCACAAGCUUCCAUGGUACUUUAGCAUGCCAGUUGGAAAGCACCAAUACACAGUAAUCUUAUCCCAAAGUUUGUAAUUUUUAGUUGGAGGAGCGGGGGUUCCAAUAUACGUAGUCAGAAAUGU